AAGCCUGGUGGGGAGAGACGGGAUCCGGCGGGGAAGAUGGCUCUGUUCCGGGCACUUCUGUCCGGUGCAGGGGAUUUAGGGUGGAGGGUCAUGUAAACGGGCCCAGCGCUUAACCACCAGCUUCCCAAUUUAACAGCGGAAGUGAUUCAGUUAACAACCACCGUGGCAAGAAAGGUCGUAAAAUGCGGCAAAACUCACUUGACAAAUGUCUCACUUAGCCACAUACACUUUGGGCUCAAUUGUGGGGGUACGUCGAGGACCACCUGUAUUUCUGGAGGAUGCUGCAGGUGCCGAUCCAGACUGCGCAAGAAGACCCUCCUCCUCCUCCUCCGAUGGCUCUAACUAACUUGCCACAACAAUGGAGAAACUGAGGCCCCAGCAAGAGGAAGUGACUCACCUACUAAGUUGGGGGUGGAAAUAGGAGUUCCCUUGUUUGUGCCUCCAACCACUAGGCAUCAUUCCCCUCCCGAUGAGGAUAGAGGCUACUGGUGGUGCUUCCCGGCCCAAUCUUUCCAAAGUGCCAGCCGCGGAGGGCAGCCUGGGCACCGAACAGGCACCUUUAGGAGGCUCGCCCGCCAUGGAGGCCUCCGCAGAACCGCUGAACCUGCUCUGCCGCUCCUACAUCUACGCCAUCCACGGCUACUUCUGCGAGAUCCUUUUCGUGGUGCUUAUCCUGGACCAGGACUGGAUCUUCCAGGGGGCCCUCAGCGCCUGCUCCCUCCUGGUCUACGGGACCUGCGGGCUGGGCAUGGAGGGCAUCUACCUGCAGCUGCGGGGCGACUGCUGCCUGCUGACCCGCUGUGUCCUCUACACCGGCUGCAUCUACCUCUGGCAGUUUGUCACCGGCUACCUGCUGCGCUGCCUGGGCGCCUGUCCGUGGGACCACGGCCACUUGCGCUACAACUUCAUGGGCCUUGUCGCCCUGGAGCACGGCCUGCUUUUUUUUGUGGGGGCCCUCCUGCUCGAGAGGCUGGUCAUCGCCCCCACCCUGCGCCUGCGCCUGGGCCCGGUCUGGAAAGCCAAGGAGCGCCCCCUCCCCAAGUUCGAGCUGAUCCACGACUGACCCCGCAGCUACACCAGGCAGCAAAGGGAGGGAGUGCCUGCUCCCACCAGCUCCUGUUCUCCAGCCCCUUUCUCAGGCCAGACAAGGCCGCUGGACCUGUCUGCCGGGCUGGGGAGGGGCUGCAGCUGGACCUGGGCAGGGAGAGCCGAGUUUGAAACCUCACCAAGCCAGAAAGUUAAGUCAGCCUUGCUUUGACCUACCUUGCAAGACUGUUGUGAAGACAGGCUGGACGAAGGCGCUGGAAGCUCCUUGGAGGGAAGGCAGAGGCUCCAGAUGCCAAUAGGAAUUGCGACUGUGGUUUGGGGUCGGUUUUGUGAUGCAGGGAUCUGUUUUUUAAAAGAGCAAGUGAGUUGGACGGGGCCUUGGAGGUCUUCUAGUCCAACCUCUGCUCAAGCAGGAGAAUUAAAACGGAAGGAGAAUAACAA